AUGCCGCUGUGUCUCGUCUCUUACUGCCCCGACUCGGCAGAGCGCACCGCUGCCACCAUCAACGCCGACUAUUGGUACAAAGCCCAGCACUGGGCACGUACAACAGCCAUCGGCUGCCUCAUUCUGAUUGCGCUCCUGGGCAUCCUGAAUAGGAGCCGCCAAAAUGUCUCGCGUCGCCCUCGUAAGCUGACGGCAGCUCUUCGAGCUGUCGGAUAUCCCCACAUCAAAUGUAUCGACCUCAGUCUCGGUUUCGUCCUUGGCUGUUUCACCCUCUUCAUUGCGCUCUUCAUCUGGUGUUUUCAGACCAAGCCGUACUACCGACCUGGUGUCGAGUACGGCAGCGCUCCUCUUGGUAUUAGGACAGGCUAUAUCGCUACUGCUCUCGUUCCUUUCGUCUUUGCCAUGGGGAGUCGGAUCAACCCUCUGGCGUUUGUCACGAGGAUUGAAGCAUCAAGGUGGAUGCUGUGGCAUCAGUAUGGCGCAAGGGUCAUUCUGUUCUUCUCCGUAAUCCACACAUUCGUCCUCCUAUACGCUCCAUACCGACAAGGCGGCAUCUCGUGGACCAACGCCUACUGGUCCAAGAGCAACAAGUGGGAGAAUUUCUUCAACAUGGACGGUGUCAUGAUCAACGGCGCGCUAGCCAUUGCAGCUCUCUUUUGGAUCGUCUUUUCCAGCUUUGCCAAGAUCCGCAACUGGAACUAUGAAUUCUUCAUCCUCCAACACCUCGCCUCCAUCCUCAUCUUUACCAUCUCACUCUGGCCCCACGUCAAAGUAUCCAUCCCCGACGCCCAAUACUAUGUCUUUGCUUCCGUUGCUACAUGGUGUUUCUCCAUCGCCGUCCGGGCGGGGUGGAACUUUAUGGAAGCUGCGGGUGUUGGCAAAUGGAGUGGGACGGCAAGUUUGCAUGGGUUUGGGGCGGAUGAAGAUGGGAGAGGGGGGGCUACGAGGUUGGUCAUCAAGACCAAGCGAGGUGGAUGGGAGGUGGGGCAGUAUGUGUACUUGUGGGUACCCGCUAUCAACCCUUUUCAAUCGCACCCAUUCACCAUCGCAUCCUCGCCCCCAACGAACCCCUCCACCCCUUCCCCUCUCAACCUCCUGAUAUCCACCCGUUUAGGCCUCACCAAGCGCAUAGCACAACACGCCUUAUCCAACCCCUCCCGCUCCAUCCCCGUCGUCGUCCAAGGUCCCUUCGGUGGGCUUAUGGAAGACCUCAAGAGGUUUCACAAUGUGUUGGUUGUUUGUGGUGGGGUGGGAGCUGCUAUGGGAUGGAGUACUGCUAGUCAAGUUGGGAGACAUGGGAAGAACGUCAGAUUGAUUUGGAGUAUGAAGACCAUUGAUUGUCUUUCAUGGUUUGAAGAAGAUUCUUCAUUCGACCGUUCCAACCUCACCAUCCACAUCACCGGCACCGGUGCCCCAUCAUCUUCAUCCCAUCCCAAACGCCUCAGUACUGAAAAAACACUCGCCGAGAUCGAAGCCGGCCCUUUGAGUACCAAAGAAGAAUCAUCACAAACACCAUUUACCGCCCAGACAGCAAGCUCGACAGGGGACGAAGAAGAGAAAGACCUCUUACCUUCUACCGCCUCGCCCAAUCUGGUGUAUGAACGAUGUAGAAUCAACGAGACUGCACGAACAAUUGCUUCUCAGAUGGACGUUGGAGAAAGAUUAGCAGUCAUCGUAUGUGGACCAGUGUCGAUGCUGGCGGAUACUGCCAAUGCUGUUGCCUCGUUAGAAUGGGAUAUCGCAAGAGGAAAGAGCUCUUUGGGAGAGGUGUGGAUGCACAAGGAGAGGUUUGGAUGGUAA